GGGGGUUGAGGUGCGGUGGCGGUAUAAGGAAGCUCUUAUUAAACUUUUUUCAGGAGCUUCUAGGUUAAAGAUAGGUGCUUGUGCGUUCAACUUCUUUUCGGGAAAUGCUGCUGUUGUUCUUACUGGCUGGAGUAGUUGGGGGGUAAGCGAAACUAGGAACAGUUUCAAGCCCUCUGGGAGCUUGUACCUGUGUCUAGUUAAUGAAGUCUUGACUACGGUAAAAGCUAAAGUCUUUUACACAGUUUCCAUAUUUUUCUCUGUUCUCUUGGAACAAUUAAGAAAAAUACCAGUAUAGUUAUUUCCUGUUUGUUUUUGCCCUUGUCGCCAACAAGGGUUGGUUGAUAGGGUUUGGAAGGGAAGACAUAAAUUCCCUCGGUGGGGACAGACGUGAGGUGAUGAGAGCGGCAAGCAGCAAGAACUUUCUCCUUGCUGGUGAGGUCUGAGCGUCAGCUGAGGGCUGUCAGCUCUGUGUAGCUUGAGGCCGUGCAGGGUGAGUGCUUGUAAGUGGCUGAGAAAGUACUCGCGGUAAAACUAUUUCAUUUAGCGUCUGCAUCUCUUUACAGUGUGUUAAUAACUGGCUGAGGUGUAGUGUUAAAAGGUAGUUAAUGGUCUCCUCUUGCUGUUUUAAUUUACUUUUAUACUAUUGCUGUGUGUUGUUGUUUUUAUUAUAAUUGAAAAGCAUGCUAGUAGCCAGCUUACUUAAGUCUAUGCAAUGUAAUAAACUUAAAACUUGCACCAAGGGCCAUUAAUUUGUAAAAUCUAGAUUUGCUGUCCAUUAAAUUGAGCAAGCUUAGUGCUAGGUAGAACUCUAACAAAAGCUAGUAAAUGUUUUUCAAUUCUCCUUAUUACUUUAUGAUUCUUUUAAAAAUGGCAUGCUCUUUUAUUCAAGAAUAAUAUUGGUUUAUGACAAUGGGCUAAAUCUUCAGUACGUUCACUUCAGUACACUGUAAGCUGUUCCUGCAGCAGGUAAGUUUUUUAACAAAAUGUCCUCUGCUGCUCCUAUAGGCACAAAUAAGAAUGUGAUAAGUCUCUUGUGUCUUGUCUUUGUUUUAGACAUAACAGUAGUGUCUAAAGUAGUUUAGCAGAUUCUAUUAUUUCACUGCUGUUUUUUUUUUAAACUUGCUAUGUUGUGACUCUUUUCCUGAGAUGACCUUUCAAAUCUUGUGCACAGGGAGAGACUUCACGUUGCCUACUUCAGUCAGGAGUUGUAAUAGCUAGUCAUGUAAUUCUCCCUGGAUUUUAAGAUCUUCCCAGGCUACUUUUAUUAGAAGGCUAUAUUAUUUUAAAACAUUAUUGAAAUCUGGCAGUAUUUUCAAAUAAAUGUUUCAGAUAUUUGUCUUGACCAGUGAAUGCAAAUAGUUAAAUAUAUUAGCACAAACUGAAAAUAGAAUAAUAGAAGGAAAUGUUGACUUCUAAGUGUAUAAUGUUAAUUUAAUAGUGUAGUGUAAAAUGAGUUCAUAAUACUUUAUUAAUCUUCUUAGGUGCAUCCAUCUACUAUUAAACUUUACUCUUUUGAGUAAGUGAUCCUGCUUGUGGAAUUCUGUCUUGUUGCUUUUCACAGUAAGUGCGCAUAAGGCACGUGCACUCCAUUUAUAGGAAUUCUGUUCCUUUAAAAAAACACUAGGAAGGGCCUUACCGUCUGUGGACGCUUCAUGCUUAUGCUGCUCAGUGUUUGCAGCUUAGAAAAUUAGAAACACUUGCCUAUGUUUCCUGUGGAUUAAUAUUUUCUAGAUCAGUUUAAGGCUAAAUAGCCCAUUGAAUAUGUUUGAGCAGCUGUUUGUGUUGUGAAACGGACUUAUUUAACAUAUUGCUCUUUUAUUUGGUGGUGUACAUUGUAAUUAUUGCAGAAGAGUUGUCACUAUAUUUGCUUAGAAUACCUUUUCUUACUAGUUCUCUCUCUUUGUUUUAACAUGGGGAUGAUUUAGCUUUGCCUGAGUUACUGCUCAUACUGGACUAUGAGACAGUUUCUGCUGGCUUAAGAAUGGUGUUAGGACACUGUUGGGUAUCUUCCCUCCUCGUGCUUUGCACAGUGACUCUUUUCCUUCAGCUUGUGUCAUCUUGCUUCCAGAAAGUUGCCACUUGAGUUGGAGUGCAUGUUAAUAAUGGUAGAGUCUUUCAUAGUUUCUAGGGCUAUCCCAGGUCUCUUGCAUAAAGCGCAUCUGAUGCUUGUCUAGCAUAUCAUGCAGUUAAAAUGCUGACAUAAGAAUUUAAUUAGUUUUCAGUUUAUUUAAAUACAACCUUGUCAAAAGUGAUAGUCCAAUAUUUGACUUUACUUUUUUAACUGGACUUAAUUUAAGGUGUCUAGUAACUAAAUCUGUUGCUUCAAAUUUUCUCUAAUCUGUCACACUUCUUUGGUCACAUCAUCAUCUCCUUGACCAUGAAUAUAUCUACUUACCAAACAUCAUUCUAGCUAUUUUACGGACUUCAACUCAGAGAGGUCUGGUGCUUUUCAGCACGAACAUCAGUGAAUGGAAACUAGCUAGUGUGACUGUAGUGGGGGGUAUCAGACAUGGUUAAUGAGAGAGGCUGUGGCAUAUAGGGAGUGUGACGCAUGUGGUUACAUUCUGUAUCAUGUACUACACCUGUUGAUAACACCUGCAGCAUGUGUACAAGAAGAUGGAAUUUAUGAUUAAACACACAUGGGAUGGCUUACCUGUGAGCCAUGAGCCAGUAACUAUUGUGCUGAAGUCAGACAAUGAAGGACUGCUAAUGGAAGUUAAUGCUCCCUUCUUUAAUGAUCCUCCAGCACCACUUGGAGAGCCAGGGAAACCUUUUAGUAGACUGUGGGACUAUGAGGUUGUAGAAGCAUUUUUCCUGAAUGACAGAACUGAACAGUAUUUAGAAGUUGAACUCUGUCCCCAUGGACAACACCUAGUGCUGCUGCUUUCUGGCAGAAGAAGAGUAUGGAAAGACAAACUUCCUUUAGAGUUUGAGGUGACCAGAAUGAAAACCAAAUGGGAGGGUAAAGCUCAUCUUCCUUGGAAUUACUUUCCACCGUGCACUAACAAGUUCAAUGCAUUUGCAAUUCAUGGCUCAGGAGAAGAGAGAAAAUAUGAAGCACUUUAUCCUGUGCCUCAACAUGAACUACAGGAAGGACAGAAACCAGAUUUUCAUCGCCUGGAAUUUUUCAAAGAUUUGAACCUGAAAGGACUAAUGGGAGAAGAUUGGAAGCAGCCUGAAUCAGAUAUAUGGAAGUUUCUCACUAAUUAAAUGGAUUGAGGCAUGCAUUUUUAUAGCAUUAAGGUUGGAUGAAGCUGUAUGGAAACAACCUCUUCAUUCUGAGCAGUUUGUAAAUAACAGAUUAGUAAGGCUUUUCUUGACACCAAAAUCAUUGAUAAAUCUUAAAAUCAACUGUAAAGUAUCUGGACCAGUUGAUUCUAAAUGUAUAAAGUGUGCAACAGCUUGUGUUUCAGUUCACCUGGGCAUAGAGUUUUCCAUCUGUGCAAGAGAUGAAUCUGCUCCUACCAGUGAAGGGGAAAAAUGUGCUAAAAUUACAGCUGUGUUUUCAUGAAAGCUCUAAGCCUGACAAGGCCAAUAUCUGGCUUGGAGUCUUUGUUUCCUGUAGUUGCUGUAUUUCUACUGUAUUUUUCACUGAUGCUUGUUUCUUGGCUGUUGAAUGAGAUUCUUAUGUACCUAAAUUUUUUAAUUGCAAUCAGGAGAAAGAAUGCCUCCUUCAGGAACAGAAAAGAACAUAGCUGUCAUUGCAUUUUGUGGCCCAGUACUUGCAUUCCAAGACACUGUGGAGGUAUAACGCUACCCUUUCCUAUACCUUCCUAUAACUGAAGUUUUCCCUUGCACAGUGCUGAAGAGGGAACUUAAACUAUAUUACUUUAUUAGCAGACCUCUCUCCUUCAAAUUCCAUGUGGAAUUUCUAGUGAUAUUUAGGUACAGAGGAUAGAUUUAAAAGGGUUUUAUGUAUUUCAGGAAAGGUUUCUGGAACAAAUAAUGUUUAGUAAAACGUUUUGAUAUAGUUGUGUGCCUACAAAAGCUUGUUUGUUCCAAGACCUUGUCACAUCACCUUAAGAAUUCAGCUCAGACAUAUGAGAAUUUUGCGUGAAUGCCACUUAAUGUUGGAAAUACUCUAAUUGUAUGUGCCUACAUUUUCUACAUAUGGGCAUUAAUAUUUUUAACUGUAUUGAAUACUGUUAGAUGGUAACAUCUAAUCUGUAAACUCACAGGACUCCAAAUGAGAUGUUUCUUUUUUGUCUAGCAUAGUAAGUGCUGCUUGAUUGUGGCUGCUGACUUGAUCCUAUAUAAAUUAACUUAGAAAAUGGGAAGCUUACCUGCUAACGGAUCCUACAUCUGAAAAAUAGGUGACUUAAAAAUUAAACUUUUUUUGUUUAGUUCAGAAUGAGGAUUCAGACCAAGACAUGGUCCUCAGUCCUGUGAGAGAUUGUUUUGGGAGUCUGAGAGAAUAUGACUCAGUCAUAAUUGAGGGAUUAUCUUUCAGAAGUUAUGCCCCGAGGAUGUGGUGUUGGGUCUCAUCCUUUUGUGUAGCAUUUUCUGUUGAACAAUUUAGAAUCUUACAAGUUCCUGGAAGGGACUGGUGUUCUUGUAGUUUAACGUCCUCCUUAAAGCAGGUCUGUUGUUGAAGCUAGAUGAGUUUGCUCAGGGCCUUGUCGAGGUUUGAAUAACUCCAAAGAUGGAGCUUUAAAUGCUCUGGGUAGCCUGUUUCAAUAUUCAACUAGUUCUGUUAUGAAAACUUCUCUAAUUACUAUUUCCCAUGCUGCAACUUGUGUCCAUUGCCUUUUGUCCUUUGUGCAUCUCCAAGAAGAGUGACUUUUUCUCUGUAACUACCAAUUAGGUAACUGAAAAUAACUGUUAACUCCCCAUGGAUUUCUUUAAAUGUUGUCAUUCUCAGUUUGCCUUUUGUGACUCUCAUUAGUAAGCACCUUCAACUCAGAUAAUACUGACAGACAACUUAAAAGUGUAACUUGGGUUAUAACUCAGAGGCAGAAAUGCUCCCAGGCCUUUCUUGUUUAUUUAGCUCAUAAAUGGUUCUAAAAAAUCUUCUGUGUAGCUUUGGACAUCAAAAAGCCUGUAAAAUUUUGCACAAGACUGCACUCUCUAACUCAUAUUACUAAAAGGAUUCUCUGUUCUCUUCUGAGCUUGUAUGCAGUAAUAACCAUAGUCUGAAGGUCAUGUUUUCUUUGCUGUCUUCAAAUUCAACUCUACCUGUAAAGUCUGCCUGAGAAGAAAAGAAGAUGGGAAUAUCCUGCCUUUGUGAAGAAUGUCUCAGUGUGAUUAAUAUCUGAGAGAGAAUGUUACUUCAGAGUUUUUGUUUGGCUUUAGAUUCCCUCUUUGUACUUUCAGUUUUGUAGAAAUAUACUUUCAAAUUUAAGGAUAUUAGGCUUUUUCAGAUGCAAAUUUUGGCAUGUCACUGCACUCAGCCAUCCAAUUGUUUUUGCUGUCUUUUAAUUAGAUGUUAUAGUUUCCUUGCUAUAAAGUGCCAUCUGUUGAAAAUUAUAAGUAUUGUACAUUCAAUUGUUCGGCUUCUUUUCUACCUUCAAUCCAUGUACAGUUUUCUAAAGAAUGACAUCAGUCUGAAAUAUCGAAUAGUCCAAUAAAUGUUGAUUAAAAACA